AUGUGCAGUGGAAGCGGGGCCUGGUGGCGCGAAUCGUCGGCGUUGGGGCUCGGUUUCUCUGGUGACGAUGUGCACGGUGCUCACCGGUCCGUGACCAUGACAUCCCACAGGGAGCACGUCCGCAGGCCUUGGAUUGCGGAGCUGCUGCUGGAACAAGGAGCAGCCUGCAGUUGGUGCAAGUCGGCCCCGGUUCAAGUCACGGAGCUUGUUCCACUUGAGAACUGGAUUAAAGAAGCUGGAUAUGAAUCUGCUGUUGUUGUCUAUAUAUCAGAUUUAAAGUACAGAAUUAGGGCCGUGCUGACGGAAGAAGCUGGAAAUAACCUUCAGCAGGAAGAGGAGAACUAUACGCUCAAUCAACUCAAAAACAAAGGUAUUAUUUUGAAAAAAUUCACUAUUCAGGUCAGAUUGGAGCUGGAAUUGAAAGAUUGUGAAUUCUACCUUGUAGUUCAAGAUUUGAAGAUUCUACCUGGAGACAUGGGUUUCUCUGACGCACGCCCCUGUAACAAGGAUGUUGCCGUGCAGAAGAAGUUGAGAGAACUCUGGCAAAGUUACUUAAAUAACAUGAUAACCCAAGAAAAGACAUUUACCGAUCUCUGUCUAUCAAAUAUGAUUAAUGCUGCAGCGGAAGAUGAAAUUAGUGUGUUGAAACAUGCUGCUGAAAUUUGCCUUGAUCCAAAUGUUGGUUCCAAAGUUUCAGCAUCCACAACACCUUUCUUGUUACCAUCAGCAAAUCAGACUACAGGAUGGAAAGCUAUGAGAAGACAAAAUAAGAACAAGAGAAACAUUUUCACUGUAUCAGAAGCAAUGCUGAUGAUUUCUUCUCAUCAAGAAGAAGCUUUAAAUAAUAUAAAAGAAUGGAAGGAUGAUUUUGUGUGCGCUGAAGAUCCAGAAUCUGAGCAUAAUGGCUACACGGAUACAUCUAUGUGUAUUGCAGAAGAGCAGGAGGCUCCAUCUUCACAGAAUCCUUGGAAUGCAGUAUCACCUGUGUGCCUUGGUGGAAUUCCAUCUUCAGGAGAAACUUGUAUUUCAUGUACAUGUACAUCAGAAUCUUGUAAGAAGCACGAUGGCAAAUGUCAUGCCCUUUGCUCCACGUUCGUUGAUGCUCCUGCUUGUGGUGGUCCAGCUGUUGAGUUUCAGCUUCCAGAUAGCAACACACAGGAUGACCCAGACAAAUCGGUAGAGCUAUAUACAGAAGAGUCCGAACAUUCAGAAGUACAAUUCAGAAGUGCUAAAGGCCUGUUGCUCUCUCCAGCCACAUCAGCAGACAAAGGAAUGGACAGUAUGUAUGUGGCAGAGCUCAAGGAGGGCAACAGAGAGAAAUCCAUGAACUCCAGUAUGACUGCCUAUAACCAUUUGUUUAAAAGCCUUUCCCCUCUAUCAAGUACAACUAUUAAUUCCAGUGGCUUGAAUUGUGUGGGCUCAUUCAAAAAUGUAGCCCCUGUAUCAGCAGUUAAAAAUGGUGGCCAGUGUAGACCAAGCGUGGCCAUGUACAAUCAUGCAGCAGUAGCUGGAAACAGUGUACUGGAAAUGGAAGAAAAGCAGGUAAAUGAUAGCAGAGAUGAAGAAUGUUAUGAGAUUCCAAGAGCUGCAAAAAGAAAACGGCAGCAUAUGAAUGCAGAAGAUCAAUUGGAUGGAAAUGGUGUCGAUCAGGGCACUUCCUGGAUGCAGACAAGGGCUGAAGUUGAGGAUGAGAACUCCAGGAACUUGAGUAGCAAUGGGACCUUCAUUGAAACAGAUCAUUGUGAAGAAAUAGCUAAUGAUGUUUGUCAGGUGAAUAUCAAUACUGAACACAAAAAGGAAGGUGGAAUGAAUAAAAUGCUUAAAGAUAUUGAUUUGAAUAAUUUGCCAGGAAACAAGAAGGCAAUAUUAUCAUCAAAGUAUAAUAAAUUAGAAUUUGUUUCCGAGAGACCAUCUCAAGUUCGAAAUUUUGAAGGACAGGCAUCAGUAGUUACUCCAAUUGGCCAGCACACAGAGGAUGAUUGGAUGCAUGUUUUGCAUCAACAUAAUGCUAACCAAAACAAAGAUGAACCUCAGAGACAUCCUGAUGGAAGCAGAUUUUUAUACAGCUAUCCAGCACCUACUGCUGAGCUAAUUGCUCAGGUGAACUCUGUAAGGGUUUCAAGUGAGCUACUGAAGUGGGCGGUUUCGUAUCUCUCUGGACCAAGUUUGACUCGAGACUGACUGCUGCUCAAUGCUGACAUGCAAUUAGCUAUUGCUUGAAUUCUUUCAAAGCAUUUAUUACAUUUGAAUGCCAUUUUCUUUUGGUUUCAAUGAUGGUUCAUAUUAAAAGUGUGUUACUGUUAAUUCUGCUAAAUACCUCACUGGUUUAUUUAUAGGUACUAUUGUAUAGUAGUGGUGAUAAACCCAACGUUGCAAGAGUGGAAAAACAGAUAUUACACUACAUUUCCUGUUGACUCAGAGCAGCUUUGUCUUUGGACAAAAGACCAAAAGAAUUGAGAGAGAUCACAAAAAUUUCUUGCUCUCGCCAAGAAGUGUAAUUAAGUUUUUGAGGGGAAUUUUGUGGCAGACUCGUAAUUAGCCUUUAAGGAGGUGUAUUAUUAUAGUGAAGGUAUUAUAUCUAACUUUACUGUUUCUAUAUUUUUCUCUUGACAUGUUUAACUCCAAAUUCAGAGCUGUAUUUUUGGUAUGUGUAACAUUCGGAGAGGAGCCUUUACUGUUGUUUUGUUAGUAAAUAAACUUCUAAUAUUUUUCUUCAACAGUGUUUAAUUUUUAGAAACUAAAUUUGUUGUCAAGUAAGGAGUUUGUGUAUUGAAACUUAAUAUACAUUUGUUCACGAUCGUUCUUGCUAAAUCCAAAAAUUCCACUGGUAUAGUAAUUAGGGUUAGGAAUGAUCAAAAAACCAAUCUCAGGCGUAAAGAUACUUCAAAGUUUUACAAAGAGAUUACAAAGGUGGGAAGGGGCGAGAUUAUGGAGGGAUUUGAAAAUGAGUAAGAAUUUUAAAGUCAUAAUGUUUGCUUGAAAAAAGGUAUCUUCCUAAGACCAGUACCUGGAGCUCAAAAACAGCUUGAAAGCAUGUGAGUAUAUACAGCAUUUUCAAUAUUCAUCAGAUAAGGUAGCAUUUGAGGUGAGAGAAACAGUGUGAAUGUUCUAAGGUAACUGAAAAUAUAGUUUUAAAAACUACAUCUCUGUGUGUAGCUGGACUGCAUUUGGGUAAUAGCAUGUAUUGGUGAUUGAAUCAGGCCUACCUGAAGUAUUAGGUAUAGUUUUAGUCAAUAUUGUUGUUUUCUUGUAACUUGCAUUGGUUAAUAGCCAACAAUCCAUUUGUUAAUUGGAAAGGAAAUUCAGCAUUAAUAAGGACAAUUAUUUUGCUCUACUUGGUGCCCUACUAGUAUUGUUAGAGAACCCACCUUAUGAAGUAAGACCAACUAAUGUGUUUUGUCUCCAGACAACAGUAUAUACAAGUUCACUUCUAGCUGUUCAUCCAGUUGCUAGAUAAAGACAGGGGCCUAGAAACUAGAAAAGAAAACAUCGGAAUCUAUCUAUGCAUAAUCAUGCAUAGAAAUCAUUUUGUGUAGCUUUUGAAGUGAAAACACCCAUUUCCCAUUGGGUAAUUGAACUAGUUAUUUAGUGACAUCAUCGGGAUACAAGAUGCACAUUUAUGACUAACAGAAGUUACGUAACAGGUCACAACUAUGACUUCUAUUGUUCACUUACUGAUAAAUGAGCAGCAAAUUAGACAGCAAGUCACGAACCAUACAUGAUUCAAAGGAUCCCUACUGGGACAUCGACUUUAUCUCCAUUGAGACCCCCAUAUUAAUUUUCAGGUGCUGAACUUUUCCAUACAGCCAGUACCAAGGAAGACAGUAUACAUCUUAAUGCAAGAUGUGGAGAGUCGUGGCCCUGGUUUUUGCAGUGGCACUGUCAGUCAUUAUAGCAGGGGUGUGGGGGCUUCAGACUCCAGUGUGCCACUUCCACUCUUCCUCUUCUUUUCCCUCAGUUCCUUAAUGGCACUGUUGUGCUUCCCAGUGGGCGACACACAAAUGGAUGUGGCAGCCUGCAAGCAGCUGCUGUCCAUGAAAGCACAUCUCUUCUAUUGAUGUAAAUGGGAGGUGACCACACUGGUGAUUUCUUCAUGCAAGGAUAUCUCAAGUUACAAUUAAGCAAAUUUAUUAUUUUUGGGUGAUCCGGAUAUGGUCUUGGGAAAAGCAUAGCACCAUUUAGUGCUUCGAGAAUGGAUGAAAUCCAUUUUGAGCCUUAAAUCUGCUGGAAUUGGCAUUGAAGGGAGAACUGUGCUAUUGGUCAUCUCUGAGCUCUUGCGAUAUGACUAUUGUAAAGUGCAUGAACACAUGUGCCUAAUUUUUCUGAAGUCAAAAUUGUCAAUGAGAUGAAGAAAUUAUUAUUAAUUGAUGCACCGGGAAGGUAAAUUAGACCUUGGCUUUUAUGAAAAUAUGAGGAGGAAAGAAAAUAGGAUUUGUGUAAUGGGUGUUUGAUAGUCGACACUAAAGGGCUCGUUUCCAUGCUGUAUGACUCUGACUCUAUUUUGUUGACUGGUCAGUAAAUUAAAAUUCUCGCUGGCCUCUUACAUGAAUUUGUGCAUUUGAUUGUAUUGAGCUGUUACGACCUGUCAACGGCAC